AUGCUCAAGGCGGCUAACAACAUUGAAAAACUACAUAAUUACAACAUAACAACCACACCGAACAAGUUCCACAUAAAUCAUAAUCAUUCCAAGUUUCCACCCAUAAGCCUAGAUAGGCCAUGGCUCUACAGGAUUUGGGAUAUUAACCAGAAGUUCCUGUUCCUGAAGAACAACAUGCUGGUAGCAGCCCCCAAAGAUGGCAACUCACCCGAUUACUUGGUGGCUAUGACCCCCAACAGAGUGAUGGAUGAAAACAAAUUCCCCAUCUUUUUGGGCACCCAAGAUGGAGCACAAACCCUCUCCUGUGGUGAAUCUGGUGGUCAACCUCAGCUGACCUUGGAGGGUAAAGCUAUUAUGGAUCUCUACAACGAUGGCAAGGAACACAAGAACUUCACUUUCUUUUGUAAAAGUGGCAGCAGCACAGAGACUGGCAGCUUUGAAUCUGCAGCAUUCCCGGGUUGGUUCCUAAGCACGUUGACCGAGCCAAACCAGCCUAUUCGUUUGAGUCAUCAAGGAGGUGCUGAGAUCACUCAGUUUUAUUUUGAAAAAGUAAAAGGUGAUUAGAACUUCUGAAAGAGGAGGGAGGUUUUAAUGCCAAUGUAUGUAUAUCCUAAUCAAGUAACAAAAUGCCUUUCAGUUCUAACAUGUUCAGAACUUCCAGUAUUCACUCAAGCUACAAAAACACAAGGAAAUUGCAUCUAUCAAGAGUAGGGAUGGCUGGAUAUGUCAAUUUUGGUUGCUUUCGGUUUCUCAUUUUUCCAGUCUUGUUCAGUUCUCCUUAUUUCCAUAUUAGUUUGCAUUUUGUUUUAAAAAGAGUCCUUGUGUUUAAUCUUGUAUUUUAUUCAGAUGUUUUAUCCUAUGUUUGUUUCUUUGUCCUUAUCUGCUCCAACAUUUAUCAGUUAAAAAAAUCCUAACUUCUAUUUUAUUUAUAUGUUU